GUUGAACAUCAAGUCGACGAGCAACAUUUGAUCGCCAAAACUUGUGUAGACAAGUCGUUGAUAAAAUUAACUUUCCAAAAAACGCGUCGCUUAUAAAACAAACGGUUCCGUGCCACGAGGGCGUGGCAGUUAUACACGUGCUCUGGUUGGCAUGAUGUUACGUUCGCGGGAAUAUCGCGUGUGAAAAGGAUAUUAAGUUGUAAUCGAAGUGAAAUAUUAAAAAGUGCACCAACUGUCUGUAAGACGUCUCGUCGCGCAACCUUGACUUAUAUUUUAAAUAGGAGGAAAAUCUUCUCUCAAGAUGAAAAUCGACGGAAACAUUAGCUGCAGUCAGAUGCAGCAGAACUGGACCCGCUACAUGGUAAUGACCGAUACUAAAUCCCUUCGGAAAACGGUCGAGUUCCAGGAAGAGAACGAAGUCCAAGCUUCUAUUCCAACUAAUAAAUCGCUAGCGAAAAACUUUGAGACCAUUAGUCCGGUCGAGAAAGGUAUUCAGAGUACUCCGUGGAUUUUAAAUACCCCUGUUUGGACGUUUCACAAUAGCUUGGUGCAAACCGGCAUAACCCACUACGAGGGCGGAUGGCCAAAGGAUAUAGAUACGCACGACGAAGAAGUGACGGCAAGAUACAGGAGAAAACAGGAAAAGAGCGAGGCAUAUCUAUGUCAGAUGAAAGGACUUUCCAAGACUAUGGAACACUCAAUUCUACAAAACAGCGCGUGUGAUAUAUACCAAAAUUACUUCGAAGACGUCGAACAACACGAACUUAUCGAACAGUUCAACUCGAAAACGGUACACGUUUACAAAGAUUAUUUGGACGUGAAACGUUCAUGUAGCUACAUUAGUUGGUCUGAUGAAGGAUUGCACUUUGCCUCAACUCAUUGCAACAUAGGAGAGAUGAACAACAAGGUUAGCGACUCGUACAUCUGGGAUAUUGAGAAUCCCAAUGAGCCACUGCAGACCCUGGUGCCCCCAUAUCAAGCACGUUGCAUGGAGUAUAACUUCAAGGAUGGUUGUCAGCUGGCGGGCGGACUGUUUUCUGGCCAGAUUGCCAUAUGGGACAUUCGGGUUGCGAACGAACCUGUUGAGGUGACGCUCCGCGAGACCAGUCACAAAGACGUAGUGACAAAGGUGUUAUGGACCGGUACGAAAACAUCGAAUGAGUUUCUAUCGGGAUCAACCGAUGGAAGAAUCCUUUGGUGGGACAUGCGUAACCUGAAUGAACCAUACGAUUAUUUGAAUCUCGCGCCAAAAGAUGCUCAAAAUGUGGAUCCAAAGCGUUGCUUCGGUGUUUGUGCUGUCGAAUUUGAACAAACAAUGCCAAAUAAGUACACCGUAGGAACUGAAAACGGAAUUAUUUACAGCUGUAGUAGAAAAUAUAAAACCCCGGCUGAUAAGAUCCAAGCCCUAACAUAUGCUCACACUGGGCCAGUAUAUUCAGUGGAACGAAAUCCACUGUUUAUAAAAAAUUACAUCAGCGUUGGAGAUUGGCAAACAAAGAUCUGGACGGAAGAUUGUCGCGAUAGCCCUAUUGUGUGGACUAAAGAAUAUGCGGUUCAACUAACCUGUGGAGUUUGGAGCCCUACCCGAUGCUCUCUGGUAUUUAUCUGUCGUAUGGAUGGAGUGAUGGAUGCAUGGGAUGUAAUACAUCGUUUAGAUGGUCCUGUUCUUCGUAUUAAGCUUUCCGAUGUCCCACUGCUGGCGUUGCGGGUUCACAAAAGUGGAAAACUAAUAGCUAACGGCACGGAAAGUGGCGCCAUCUAUCUAACAGAGAUAUCAGACAACCUAACGUUCAGCUCGGCAAACGACAAACCUGCACUGUCUGGCAUGCUGGAGCGGGAGAUGCGUAGACAGCGUCUACUGGAAGCCAAAAUCAAGGAAAUGAAGCUAAAGGAAAAGGAACUGGAGCGGGAGAGAAUCCGCCGUCAGAUGCGAAUGGAAAAGGAGAACUCCAUUGAAGACGAGGAGCGGGAUCUAGUGUACGAAGCACAGCAUCAAUUCUGGACUAAAAUACACGGACGAAAGAGUCUUAGAACUACACUAAAAGGACUACGAAUGCGAGACGCGGGAGUAAACUUACUGAAACCGGGUAAAAAACUAUUGGCUGUGAAAAAAGAGGAUAAUCCGUAGAUUGUGUUGUAUUUGUCUUUGAUGUUGUUACAAGGUUUAUAAGAAUUCGUACUAUGUUUUAGUCAAUAUUUGCCGGGUGAUAUUUCAUAGGAAAGUAAAACUAUGCCGAUGAACGUUAAAACGAUUUUAUGAAAACUCUAGUCGUACAAAACAACAUACUUUUAUGUUUAGGUCACGGCUUGAGAUCCAAUAAAUACUAGAAUAUAAAAAUGUGAA